UAUUUCAGUAUUAUUUCAAGAUAAAAAAAUGAUAAAGUUGUUGCUGUUGUUGGUACUGCGGAUAAGUUUAUUCAAUGCGAAUGAAAAUACAAUUGAAUUAGGGAUCGGAAACUUUCCAAUACCUGAUUUAGAGCAGCAAUUUAUAUACCCUGGAGAUUCAAAAUUUUCAUCAGGUCAUGAAAUGCAUCUAAAUUAACCACUAGAAAAACACUGGCAACUUAGUUUUGACAUUAAAGUGCUUAAAUCAGCUGCAGAUGUUAUAACGUUAUCUGAUAACUUGAUAGUGUCUGUAUUUAAUUCAAAAAUUUUUAUGAGUCUAGUUAAGCAUUCUGGGCAAAUUUCUUGGAUAUGUGAUACAAAAACAAGACAAUGGUUGACUGUAGAAAUUGUUUAUAACUUUAAUAAUGAUGACAAUUUAAAGAUUAUGGUGGAUGAAAACCAAUGUAAAUAUGAAAAUAAAAAUUCUAUACAGUUUUCACUUGACACAAUUAGAGUUAUAAAAUUUGGAAAUAAUUUAAUCUAAAAUGCUAUUCGUGUCAAAAACAUGAUUUUAACAAAUGGACUUAUAGAAUAUCUAAUUGAUGAAGUUAGUAAUGUUCGACAGCUUGACAAGAUUCAUACAAUAACAUUGUUUAAAACAUUUCGCAUGAUUUUCGAAUUAAAAAUAACAGAACAAUGCUACGAAAUGUGCACAAUCUUCAGUAUUAGAAAAAUGACAACGAGACAACUGCUAAUGGAGAUUUCAUAUAAGGAAAAUUUUAUAUACUAUUGUCAUUUUUUCAUUGAAAAAAGAAAAACUUGCAAAACCUCUACGUUCGUGACAAAGAAGUGGAUAUAUUCACUGAUUGAUCAAUGGAAGGAUAAUUCUGAUUAUCAUAAUAUAUUUUUAGUAAAUUCAAAUAUUGAUAACUAUGCUCUAAAAAAUAAAGAAAAUAUAUACCCUACUAUCAUACCUCAAAUUUAUGACGUGUUUUUUGAAAGUAACCCUAAUUCAACUGUGGAAAUUAAGAAAUUUAGAAUCUUCAAUCCAGCUUCAAACGAAUUUGGUAUUGUUCGAUACAAUGGCAAACCCUUUUGUAGUAUUGGAUGGACUACAGAGAAUUCAAAAGUUGUAUGUAAUAUGUUACAGAAAAAAAACACGAUCGCUAUGACUGUUAACGCAUCUCUUUUCACGGAGAUUAAAUAUUUUGACUUUAGUAAUAACAUAGUCUGCAAAGGAAAUGAGGAACUAUUGCACAGAUGUUCACUUUCUAAAGACGCAGUGAGUUGUUUUGAAAAUGGUCAGUAUAAACCACCAGCUGCCGUUCAUUGCGGGCUAUACAUACCAUAUUCAGUUGAAAAUGGUAGAGUAAAUAUCAAACAUUCAGGGUUACCUCGGUGUUAUAGAAAUGAUGUUGAAGCAGAAAAAGUUUGCACAAAACUUUUUCAAGACUUAUUUGAUGUCACUAGCUUAAAAGGAAAAGUUGUAGAAAGUUCUCGAAAAGAAUUAGCCGCCUAUUCCGUCUUGUAUAAAAAUCAAGACUGCGUCAAAAAAAUGGAUUCACAUCAAUGUGAAUAUGAUAUUAUUCACGACUGUAAACACCAACAAAUUCAAUGUAGCAUGUGCUUUAAAAAAGAAUUAAAUCAAAUAGUUAACAAACUUAAGUUUAAAGGAUCGAACAAUUAUGUAAUUAAAUCACUAAAAGAUGCCUCUGAUAAGAUCGAAACGUGCGGACGCUGGUUUAACAUGAAUUGCAAAUCUAAUUAUAAGUUUGAUCCGAAUCUUUGCUCUUUGCACAGCGUUAUUUUAGAAGCAACUCGUAUUUUAAAGGAGAGUAUUAAAUCAACUACUUCCAUAACGUUGCCUGCAAAAUGCGAUGUUCAGGAAUAUCUUAAGUAUGAUUUUCUUAAAACAAGUUUUGAUGACUUACUAAGCAAUGUUCGUUCAUCAAGAGAAAGCAUUGGAAAGUAUUUUGAUGAGUUAGCAAAUUUUGAUGGUGAAAUUGCAAAACACGACAUUGCUUAUGCACUUGAUGAAUGGGGAAAAGCUGAUAGAAUAAUCAGUGAUAAAUUAAAUGGAUUAGGUAGUUCAUUUAUGGCUAUGUCCGCUGUAGGUAAUUUAGUACAAAUUAAUAAUAUCGUACAAGAAACUACAAAGUUAGCAGUUCAAAUAGCUGGAAGUUUUAAUCCAAUUAAAUGGCUAGCAAAUACUGAUGGAUCAAUAAAUGAUAUUGUUGAAUCAACAACUAAUAUAGCAAACCUUGGUGCUAAGUUAGGUAUUUCUUUUCAAACUCAAGCCUAUAUUCCAAUUUUAAUUGAAAAACUUGGGCAAGCAAAAAGAAAUAUGGAAAAAAAUAAAAAUGUUUUUUCUAGUAUUUCUGGUAUUUUACAAAAAGUAAAUUUAGAUAAAGCAAUAACUCCAGAAGAUAGCGCCACAUUUUUAGAGCUUUACAGAGACUUUACCCCUGCUAUCAACAAUGAAUUAAUAGUUAGUGCUUCGGUAUAUAUUGACAUUCUUAUGUAUACUUUUUCUCAGAAUAUUAGGGAUUCUUCAUCAAUUUUUGGCGCAGCUCUGCAAGUACAAGGGGAUGAUUUAAUAAACGAUGUAACUAUGUCAACCAAAGUUUUGAUGGGUCAGUAUGAAGUAGUUGCUGAAAAGCAAUUAGAAAUAAUGGAAGCCUUUGCAAGAAGUGCAAGAGCUAUGAUUGCUAAAAAAAGUGCGCAAAACAUAAUUGAUGUUAAAACUAAAACAACUGAUUUAGACCCUGAUUUUCAAAAACAACUUUUAGAUAUAAAAGGUGUAUAUUUAUUACGAGAGCAAAAAUUAAGAAUAUACACACAUGUGUGCAAUAUAUAUACAUACAGAAAUCACGGUAUACAACCGCAAGUUUGCAACGAAAUACUAGACAAUCCCGAUGAAUCUGUUUUAAAACUUAUUACGUAUGAUUCAAAACCUGAUAUGUGCAGUAAUGCUGAAAAAAUUAAAAAAAUAGUUUUAAUUCCUUUAAGUUUAGAAGGAGAUUUAGAACAAGGAAUAUUGUCAUCUAAUGAUUUAUAUAGUUACAGAAUUGACGGGACAUUUGGUUCAACAUAUUUCAAAAUUCCUAAUAAAAACUGGAUGAUUAAACACGGCUGGAUAUCUAAAGAACAAGAAGGUCCCGUUUUUUUAAAAAAAUUCCAGUUAUACAUUCCACCUGAGGCUAUUGAUGUUUCCUUUUCUUACAAAAUAUUAAUGAAGCUAUCACAAGUAACUUUACAUAACAAAAAUUAUUUUCUCCAAAGCACUGUCAUUAACUAUAUGUCAUACCGUAAAGAAGAUUGUAUUGCUUCAAUAAAUAAUCCAUAUAAAAUGAAUGGAUGUAGAGAUCAUAUAAAAGAUGUUUGCGUUUUAACGCAUGGAAAUGUAAUUGGUGAAUUUCUCCCUGUUGUUGAAAACUCAGUAUGGUCAAUUCAAUUGCAAAGCCAAACAAAUUUAACGAAACUGUAUCCCACCAAUGUAAUGUACCUUAAAGCUGAAAUCGAAUUAUGUUGGAAGAGCAAUAUUCUUGAUGACCUUAAAUACAAACGUCAGACUUCUACAGAUAAAACAAACUCCUGUUGCAAUAAUAAUGAUUUCUAUGAUCUUUUGCAAGAAGUAGCAGAAAGUAGAAGGAAAAGUGAUUCGCAAUCAUUUUGUAAAACGUGUGAUGAUGGAACAAAUGCAGCUUUUUUUGGUUAUUUUUGUCAAAAAUGCCCAAGCGAGUAUAAAAAAUCAGAUGAAUGGUUUGGUUGCGAGGUUGUAAAUAAAAAGAAAAAAAAAGAAAAAAACUAAAAACGAAAUGUGAAACAAAAGUAUAUAUAUAAAAAAAUGAGUUUAACUCUAAGAGUUAAAUUUUAUAAGAUUAUUUUUUUGUGAUUGUUAGAAUUAAUUAAACUUUUUCAUCUUAUUGCGUUCGUUAGUUGUUACAAUCAAUUUGCAAUCAGAAAUGGAUCUAAGAUAAAA